GACUGGCAGCGCCACACAAGCCGACAACAAACAAACAAAGCGAAAUAAAAACAUUUCGAAAAUUACGCAUACUUUCGCUGCGCAUUUAAGGCAAAUUAGAAGCCCAAAAUGGACCACGAAGCAACAGGCGCCGCCGUCCCGGCAGGCGUUAUACCCCCACACAUCCACGACACGGACCAACUGUUGGAUCCCGUGCUCUUUUCGAAUAACAAUGGAACCUUCAAGCUGAAAACGGUGCCCGCAUUUAGCAUACACUUGCUUAUCUCGUCUGUGAUUUCGUGUGUGGGCAUUGGCCUGGCGGCUCUCUGGCCAGCGGAACGACGAUGCGACGCCUACUUUAUAAUGCUCUACUUGCGCGCCACCUUCUGGGUCAUCACAUAUCUCUUCGAUCACUUCAUAAAAGUGCAACACGAUAAUCUGCGACUGAGCGGCUACCACGAUUUUCAUCGCGAGACGAACAUGCAAAAGGGCAUACCGCUGCAGGUGGUGUCCCUCUGGAACUCCGCGCUGCUGGCUGUCCAGGCUAUGAUCCAUCAUUAUUAUGGAGACAGCUUCUGGGAGCACUGUGCCGCCGGCUGGCUGUCGCCCGUCAGCUAUGUGACAGCGUUCACUGUGGCCGAGAAUGUGGUGCUGUCCAUCUCCAAUGGCUGCUAUAUUGACAAGGUGCGAAAAUUCAACAAGGCCAAUCUGGCGCCAGAUGUCCUGCGCGGCACCGAUCAAGUUGGCGGCUCCUUGGGCCUGAUGCAGCCCGGCGGCGACACAGCCGAACUGCUGGAGAAGCAAGCGGAUCUCAUUGCCUAUCUGCGGGAUCAUUCGCACAAGCUCAACCUGAAGCUGCACCAAAUGCAGACGAAUGUGCGGCCAGUGCGCACGCCACAGAUUCCUUAAUUCAACGGCUAACAAAGGACCAUUUAUACCACUACAUACAUUAUUACGUACAUAUUAUUCAUAUUCGUUUUAUUGGCGCUCUUCCCUUUAUUCUUUUACUCGGUUCAUGGCGUAGAAAUUGGUUAUUUCUUCAAGGAAAUCAUAUUUAAACACAAAAACAUGCCCAAUUGUAAAUAUAAAAAAAAAACAAAACAAAAUGAAAAAAUUAAAACAUCAGUAUGAUUGUAAAGUUAUAUACAAACAAGUGCGCGUGCGAGUGUGUUUGUAAAAUUGUUAAAUUAAAUCUGAUCUAUCAUCUAUUCUA